AGCACUUGGGCUUCCCGAUCGGGUCCCUUCCUCCUCCGCUCACCAUCCGAAUCCACCAACGCAGAGGAGUGGAGAGAGAAACUCCGGAGAAGAAGAAGGAGCGGCUGCGGCGGCGAGGUCGAUGUCGACGACGGCGGGGUACCUGGCGCGGCGCGCGGGGCAGAAGGAGCGGGUGCGGCUUCUCUACCGCCGCGCGCUCAAGGACACCCUCAACUGGGCCGUCCACCGCCACCUCUUCUACCAGGAUGCGUCCGAGCUCAGGGACAAGUUCGAGGCCAACAGAAAUGUGGAGAACCUGGACGUGAUCGAUAGGCUCAUCGAGGAUGCGGAGGCACAGCAGAGGAACUUCCAGCACCCGGAUCCUUACAUUGUUCCAUGGGCUCCUGGUGGCACUAAAUUCACAAGGAACCCUCCUCCACCUGAAGGGAUUGAGAUUAUCUACAACUAUGGCAAAGAAGACCAAUGAACAAGAAUUAAAAGCCUGGCACCGGUGGAGUGCAAAGGACUUGCUUUCACUUUUCCAGAUGAUAGCAUGCAACUGAGCUGCUGUAUGAUUGUUAAGAACAAAAUAAAAUUACUCGCCUCCUUCCAUGCGUUUCUUUUAUCAUGGAUGUUGUAUGCCAACUAUUUUCUGCUCAUCAGCUAGUUCGUCGUUUGCAUUUA